AUGCCUUUCACUACCUUCUUCACAACCCUGCUCCCAGACCCGCCACCGCCCUCAAGUCGCCCCUCCUCCGCGCAGAAAAGACGCCGCACAAGCAGGUUCUCCUCAGACGACGACCACGACGACAACGGCAUACCCUCAUCUUCAAACCCAACCUACCGCAUCCGCACUCAAUGGAACGACGACCUCACCUCCACCACAGACCUCACUGCAUCCUCCACCGUCGUAUGCAAUCUGGGCGUCACGGACGGCAUCACAGUCUGGACCCGCGCCAUCACUGCCUCCGACCUCACAUCCUGCCGUCCCGAGGACAUUUCCCCCCCAGAUCAUCUCGCAGCCACCCGCACAGCCCUCUGCGGCAUCAGCACCUUCUACAAAACCCAACGCCUCAACCUCAACAUCACCACCCGCCCCGCGUCAUCCUUCACCGCCGAAGCCGAUCUCACCUGGGAACUGCUGCUUGACGGCGGCAUAUCAUUCUCCCUCGGCUCCCUCCCCCUCACACCCCUCACCCCGGACCAAUCCCGCUACACCUGGCUCGCCUGGAUCGACGAGCUCAUACACCUCCGCACAUCCACCCUCACCUCCACCGACGCUCUGACGCGUAAAGUCGACUCUCUCCGACGGCAGCGCGAGGAAGUGCUCGCCGAACACGAGGAGUGGAUCAAAGUGAACCGUGUGGCGGUUGAACGGGUUAUUUAUAAGAAGUUCAAGGAGGUGCUGAAUGGGAAGAAGAAAAAGAUUAGGGAGUUGAGUAGGGCGAAUAAGGCGCUGGCGAGGGAGGCGCAGAAGGCCGAGGAGGCGUUGAGGCUUUUGGCGGCUGGGAAUCGGGGUGGGAAUGCCAAUGCUUUGAGUACGGAUGGCUUAGCUACAGCUCCCGUAUCUGACGACAACGAAACAGGCAUCUCAGAUGCAGACGAAACCCAAAGCCCACCUCGCCGCACCGCAUCUUCAUCAUCAACAACCCAUAAACGGCGCUCCCCAUCCCCCCCACCACCGCCACGCGCAUCCACCGCAAACCACCCCAAACCCCCCGCCCCGCCCCAACCCACCUCCUCAACCCUCACCCAGCCCCUCACCCACGGCAAAUCCAUCUUUACCAACUCCUCAGACGAUGAAAAUGCGGAAUCAUCAGACGCAGACGGCCCACCAGCCCUGUUGGGACAUCUUGGGUUGAGCGCGGUGUCCAAGUCGGCUAUGAGGCGGAGGAGCGAGGGGGGAAGGGGUGGUGCUAUGGGUGCGGGUGUGGGACGGAAAGGGGCCAAUGCGAGUAAUGGGAAUGGGAAGCAGACGACGCGCACACCGUCGGGGUCGGGUGCGAGUACCCCGGUGAGGAGGACGCGGUCGCGGGGUGGAGCCGGGUCGUUGGAUGAUCUGUAG